AUGAACAACUUCGACGACGACGGCGAAGGAGGAGGAAUUUCAGGCGCAGAAGUGUUGACGGGAUGCGCGUUCAACGAGGAGAUUUCAAAGCUCGCGGUGAGUCGCACUUCCUCGGUCUUAGCCGCGAGCACUUGGAGUGGUGAUCUGCAUGUGUUUUCCCUCCUCGCGGGUGGUCAAGAGGAGAGUAAAGAAUACGUCGGACGGUUCACGAGCGCUUCUUCGUCGUCUUCUGGAGAAAUAAAGAGUCCGAUUUUAGAUUGCGCGUUUUCUCCUUCGAACGGUGAUAACGGAUGCGUGUGUUUUGGAACUCUUUCUGGUGAGUUGUUGUGCGGAGACUCCGCGACGAGAGUUUUAAAAACAGAAGGAGGAGACCAAAACGUAGUAAUGAACGACGAUUCGGUAAAAGUCGUCGGAACGCACAAAGACGCGAUUAAAAACGUUUUCUUUCUGGAAGAUAAACCCGACGUCGUGUUCUCCGCCGGGUGGGAUUUGUACUUAAACGCGUGGGAUUUACGAAUGCCGUCGAGAUCGAGGAAGAUUUUGAGCAACGCGUUGCCGUUUAAGCCGCACCUGGCGGACGCGAAGAACAAUCGAGUUUUAUUCGUGUCCGCGGAAGGGAAGGAAAGACGAUACGACUCUUCCGUGAUUUUGCUGACGAACGCUCCGAGUUUCGAGAGGACAACGAGUCGGUCGUUCUUGAAUAAAAAGGAUUUUGGAGAAGGACAGGAGCAGCAACAACAACAACUGGGGCAGUAUCAACACGUUCGCUCGUGCGCUCUGAGUUUCAAUCCAAAGCACUCGUACGGCGCUCAAAGAGAAGAAGAAGAAGAAAGAAGAGACAGCAGCAGGAAACAACAACAAAAACAACAACCGUCGUGCGAUUUUGUUUUGGGACUGAGCAACUCGAAAUGUUCCGUCGAAUUUUUUCGAGAGGAAUUGGACGAGAAAUACGCGUACAACUUCCUCUGCCAUCGAGAAACCGUUCGCGCCGACGACGCGCCUAAGUUCGCCUUCCAGCGGCAACAAAAAUUUAAGCAAAAAAAGAACCAGCAACGAAAAGUCCUCCUUCACCCGAUAAACGGCUGCGCGUUCAUUCAACAAUCCACCAACCUCCUCGUCACCGGCGGCGGCGACGGAAAAGUCGAGCUCUGGUCCACGAAAACUCGCGAACAUUUAGAAACCGUGUGCGAUUUUAAAAAAGGCAGUUCGAUUUCCCAGCUCGCGGUGAACGAACCCGGCGACUUAAUCGCCGUCGCCGUCACAAAGAAUAAUAACAGCAGCAGUCGCAAUACUACUCACUCAUCAAAGAGCAGGAAAGUCUACGUCAAGCACUUUCGCCCGGACGAAACGGAAGAGACCGCCACCCGCGCAGCGGAAAAAUAA